AUUUUGUUCAACUUAUACUGCGCCUUCGUCCACCUUCCAUUGCAGAGUCUUCCGUUUGAUCUCCUCACUUUUUUGGAGCUUGAAUCGAUCAGUCAUGGCCGAGAUUGAGCUGAAAACAGCACCUGCUGACUUCCGAUUCCCUACUACAAAUCAAACCAGGCACUGUUUCACUCGUUACAUUGAGUUCCACAGGUGCCUGACAGCGAAGGGCGAGGAGUCCGGUGAAUGCGAGAGAUUUGCAAAGUAUUAUCGUGCCCUUUGCCCCGGUGAAUGGGUCGAAAAAUGGAAUGAGCAGAGAGAGAACGGCACAUUCCCCGGCCCUCUUUGAACGAAUGUUCAUCACCACAGAAAAGCACAGAUUGUCAAUUUAUGUUUGUUCUCAAGUUGUAUCAAAAAACUGUUUGGGAGUUCCAUUAUUUUUCAUUGGCUUGAUCUAUUGUGUAUCUCAUGUUCUAUAAGUAAAGAACAUCAUUCUGUUGUUUUGAGGAACUGGAAGCAUUGUGUUUAAUAUGGUCAAAAGGUUAAAGACAAAGAGAGGGCCAAGAUUGCAGUUUCCCAUAUGCUUUUGGGGCUUUGUGAAUUGGUUUUGAAGCUUUCCAUAUUAUAAACUAUCAUCAACAGAAUUGCAUGGAAUGAAGAGCUUCUGAAUUGAAUGAAUGUUCGUCCAUUUGCUGCCUUUCAAAUUCAAAACUUGAGCUUAAAUUUA